ACCACCAUUCGCCGCGCUAAGUUGAUGUGCCAUACCAAGCCGCUCUCUGCACUCCGCCGCGUCUCCUUCACUCCUCGUCGAUCCAUGGCUACCCUCACUACCUCUGCGACCACCGAAUCUUCUUCAUCUACUCCUUCAGUGCGAGAGCUCGCAGUUGAACGAGGCUGGAAGCUGUAUAAUGACCUCCACCAGCCGAAGCGCAUUGUGGCACCGAUGGUGGACCAGUCCGAGUUGGCCUUCCGCAUGCUCACACGCAAGUACGGCGCAGACCUUUGCUACACGCCCAUGUUCCAUGCGCGUAUGUUUCACGAAGACGCCACAUACAGAGAGACCGCGUGGCAAGUCGAAGCUACGGACCGGCCGUUGUUUGUCCAGUUUUGCGGCAACAACCCCGACGUCGUGUUGAACGCCGCCCGUUACGUGGAAGGUCAUUGCGACGCCGUCGACCUCAACCUGGGCUGUCCGCAAGGCAUUGCCAAGAAAGGUCGGUACGGCGCGUUCCUCAUGCACGAGCCCGACGUCGUGCGCGCGAUCGUGUCCAAACUCAGCUCCAACUUGUCCGUGCCGGUGGCAUGCAAGAUCCGCCUCUUGCCCAAGUACGAAGACACGCUCGCGUUUGCCAACAUGCUCAUUGACGCCGGAUGCUGCUGGCUUGUCGUGCACGGCCGAACCAAAGAAAUGAACAAGCAUUUGGUUCGGGAAUGCGAUUGGAACGCCAUCGCACGUCUUAAGAAGGCGUUACCGAUCCCAGUGUUUGCAAACGGCGGCAUCGAAACCGACGCCGACGUCCAGCGGUGCCUCGACGAGACCAGCGUGGAAGGCGUCAUGUCUUCCGAGGGCAUCCUGGAACGCCCGGCGCUCUUUGCCAACGACCGCGAUCCACAUGGAGUGCCGCUCCGCCAGAUUGACUUGGCGAUCGAGUAUUUGGAACUGGCCAAGCAGUAUCCGCCGCCCGACAAGUUUCUGCGCGCGCACUUGUUUAAGAUUUUGUUUCAAGAACUCAAGGUGCACACGGACUUGCGCGAGCAGAUUGGCCUCGGGCACACCCACGAGGCGCUUGUGGCUAUCACCGCCGAGCUCAAAGCGCGCCUCGACGCGCCGGACGCCGAGCCGAUCCCAGCGUCCGUCGAAGCAUCGUGGUACCGCCGCCAUCGAAAGCAACAAGAGAUCGCCGACAGAAAACCCGCCAUGGAAAAGUGCGACGAUUCGGGCUUUACAGACUUUAGCUCGUUGUUUGGAUAAGACCAAUUGUGAUUUUUCUUUAUGCG